CUCAGGAUGUCGCGGAAAGGAGGGCUGCUUUUCUGCACCAUAUUUUUGAUCCUCGCGUGCACAUGUCACACCCAGGAGUUGGGACAACCUGGCCCAAAGGGAAAAGUUAGGGACCUGAUCCCAUAUUCAGCUAAGGCACCAUAUUUUGACGACCUUCAAUACGCCGCGACUCACCACAAGGGUCACCACUCGGAAUCGGGUGGUGGUACUGAACACCAUAAGCAUCACCAGGAUGAGAAUGGUGAAAAGGGUGAUAAGAGUUACAAGAGUAGGCACCACCAUGAUAAGAAGGAACAUGGUGAGCAUGACGAGGAGCACCAUAAAGGCAACUAUGAUGAAGAAGAGGGUCACAAAAAGCAUCACCAUGAUGAGCAUGAUGAACAUGGUGAGCACCAUGAAGUUGAAAAGGGUCAUAAGGGAGGAAGAUUUGCAGAGAAGAAAGGUCACAAAAGAGGACAUAAAACGAAGGGUUACCACAAUAUGUUCCACAAGGACGAAUUCCACAAGGAGCACAAAUUCUACGAUGAUUAUCACAAAGGCGGUCAUCAUGAGAAGCAUGGAAAUUUCCAUGGUCAUCACGAGAAGAAGGAGGGUGGUCACAAGAAGGGUGGUCAUCACCAUUCUGGGCAUCAUGAAGGUCAUGAUGGUAAAAAAGGUCAUCAUAAUAAAGGACAUCAUGCCGAAGACCACAAGGGCCAUCAUGGAAAAAAAGGUCAUGAAAAACAUCACCAGCAUCAUAAAUCACAUGGAAAGAAGGGUGAAAAGCACCACGGAAAGAAGCAUGGAUACCACAUAGGAGACAAGGGUUGAAGUUGAUUCGAACGCUUGAGGUCAAAUAAGGUUUUGUGAUCUGUUAUGAAGGUUGAGGAUUUUUUUGUUAAUUGAGUUUUAUGAACAAAAUUCGCUGCAAAGAUAUUUUAAUUUUUUUCUUGUAUUAGGAAUGAGAAAAGGUUUAAAACUGAAUUUAAGAAAUUUAUUAAUUUUAGGAAUUGUUAAGGAAUGUGUGUUUGUGUAUUUGACUGUUGGGUGUGUGUAUGUAACGGAGUAGAUUAUACUAGUAGAAAUGUUUUACCUCAUACUUCACCUUGAGAAAGUCUCAAUGAUGUUUUUAAGAAUGUACAGUGUUUGUUCAGAGUUUAGAAAUUUGAAGCUGCGGUGAAUUUUGACGUUCAUUUUUGACAGCGCAGUGUUAAAGCUAGAAAAA